AAGCAGAAAAGCAAGAGAAGCAAAACUCAGUUCCCUGUGAACUCAAGAGGCUCUGCCCAGAAGGGAUGCAACCACUUAUUUCAGCAUUAAAUAUCCAGACACAGACAGUACAGACCCAGCCUGCUCCAAGAAACACAUCAGAGCCCUGCCCUCUGCCUGCCUGUGUUGCCCAGGAAGAGCAUGGGGAUACUGUUGACGGCUCCAUCGCAAGGACUGAGCCAGCUUCAGGGGAAAUUUGGAGACAGACACACACGGAGGGAGAGUAUCAUGUGAACACAAAGGCAGAGAUCAGUGUGAUACUGGCAAACCAAGGAGCACCAAGGAUUACCAGCAGGCCACCAGAAGUGAGGAGAGAGGCCCAGGACAGAUCCCUCCCUAGCACCUUCAGCCCGCGUGGCCUCACUAACACUUUGAUCUUGGGCUUCUGUCCUCCAAAACUGUGAGACAAUCAAUUUCUGCUGUGUAAGCCACCUGGUCUAUGGCACUUUAUUAUAGCAGUCCCAGAAAACUAAGAUGGAACUCCCCCGCUAGUCACUGUCUUCCCUCUCUUCACACUGCCUUCCCUUACUGUGGCUACUUA